AGCGCUUUCUCUUCCUGCUUUAACUUUGUUGCAUGCACAUGACACUUUAUGAGGGUGAGUAGCUCGCGCUUUACAAACAACCAGACUUUCGAUAGAAUAUCAUCAUCAUCAUCAUCAUCAUCAUCAUCGUUUCUCGCUUCGCUUUAUGAGUCGCGAGUUUAUUCCGCGCUUUUAGAUGAACAGAACUCGCUCGUGAACUUCUCGUGACAGCGAUGUCCGUGUUUCACCUGAACGCGCUCUCGCUGUGAAAAUACCCGGAUCAUAUCCAUAACAGACCUGUAACAGCAGCAUAUGAGCCACAGCUUUCCAUUUCCAGGCUGUGAAAAUGAGAUUCCGGUUGUUGAAAAAGAACUUUAUUGCAUUCUUCCUCAUUUUAAUUGUAUUUGUAGUGUUGUUUUACACCAUGCGACAGACUAAGCCUGAAGCAAGCGUGGUGGAGGUGAUUGAAAAAGAGACCUCUCAGACUGCUAUAAUGGUUACAUUUGACUUCGGGACCAUUGAGAACAUGAAGAAGUCGGUCUAUGACAGCAACUACCGGCAGUUCAUUCAGAACGGAGACAAGUUUCAAUCAGAUCUCGAUGUGGUCAUCGUCGUGCAAGUCCACAAUCGUCCGGCGUACCUCAAAAUGCUCAUUCAGUCCUUAGAAAAAGUCACUGGAAUCCAAAACACGCUUGUGAUAUUCAGCCACGACUACUUCUCACCAGAAAUUUCUGAUAUAGUCAAAGGAAUCACUUUUUGCAGGGUCCUCCAGAUCUAUUUCGCCUACAGCAUCCAGCUGUAUCCCAACGAAUUCCCAGGACAGGAUCCCAAAGAUUGUCCGAGAGACAUAUCGAAGGAGGACGCCGUGAAAAAGAGCUGUUUGAACGCGGAGCACCCGGAUUCGUACGGACACUACCGAGAAGCGUCCAUCACCCAAACCAAACACCAUUGGUGGUGGAAGCUGCAUUUCGUGUUCGAGCGAGUGCGGGUGCUUCGGGGAUACAACGGAUUUGUCGCCUUCAUCGAGGAAGACAACUACCUUCUCCCAGAUUUCCACGAAUACUUCAAAUCCAUGAUCGAGCUCAGGAAAACCAAAUGCGGGGAUUGCGACAUCCUCGCUGUAGGCAACCAUGACAGUUUAUCGGGCUUCCGCGAGCUUUCCAGUCAAACGGAGACGGCGGGAUGGCUGUCCACCAAGCAUAACAUAGGCAUGGGCAUCUCCAGAGAGCUCUACUACAAACUGAUGGGAUGCAAUCAUGCAUUCUGCACCUAUGAUGAUUAUAACUGGGACUGGACCGUGCAGAACUUGUCUGGGACAUGCAUCUCCAAAGCUCUCAAGGUUCUGGUUGCUCGUGGAAGCCGGGUUCUUCACACCGGAGAUUGCGGCAUGCAUCAGAAGGAGGAUUGCCGACCGGAAAAGGCUCAGGAGAGGGUGGAUGCAAUGCUUAAAGAGGCACAAUCUGCGCUUUUCCCACCGGUUUUGACUUUGACGGACCACGGGCCGGUGCAGCAUCAGCCUCACAUGAAGAACGGAGGAUGGGGGGACGUCCGCGACCACAAGCUGUGCAUCAACUACGCAGCUCGACUCUGAGCUGGACGCUUUCACUUAUUACCCAAUUAAGUGCCAUUCAGAAUAUCAGGGUUAAAUGAUGCAGGUUAAAGGUUUUGCUCUCACCAAAAAGAGGAAAAUGUGAGCAAAAUAUUGUGCUGAAUGUGGAUUAAUCUAAAAAAAAAAUCAGGUUGAAUUUUCACAACAAAAUCAAAAGACCAAAAAUUCUCAUUACUGUAGAAUGUUUUACUCUACUUUUUUGUAAUUCUUAUACUAAAUAUAUCACUUUUUACACCAAAAUUUCACGUUUAAUUAGACGUGCAGUUUCUUUGUAAUAAAUAGUGAAAUUGACUAACAAUUUCCGAGUGAAAAAAUAGUUUCUACAACAAUUUUUUUGAGUGUACAACAAAUGAAUGCAUUGCCAUUUAAAUGAUGCAUCACCCACUUUAUGAGAAUUUGUAGUUGGAAAUGUGCUUAAUUGUGUUGAAAAUCUCGCAACACUAAACAUUUUAAUAAUAUGUGCAUCAUAAUAAUUGAGAAAACUGGCAUAUAGCACAAAAAUAUGUUUUUAAAAAAUUGGUUUUGUUGUGAAAUGUUUCCUGAAUAUGUUUCCUGAGAUUCACAAGGCCAUGCCUUUAUCAGAUUUGCAUCAUUUAAAUAUGACUGACACUGUUGUUCAAUUCGCAGAACCUUGCAUGCAUUUUAAUAAUUUAUUUUUCUGGUUAAAGAAGAAUAUGGAAGAUUAUUUUAAAUGACGAUAGUUUGAAUGAAACAUUCCUUCAGUCUUCCGUUACUGACGUUUCUUCAAAAUAGAAGUUAUUUUAUAUUUUUUAACAUUGGGACAUGUUUUGGUGGUGUAUGUGAAUAUGUGCCUUAUAAACAUUAUUCUUACAUUUGCAUAUGUUUAUUUCCAUUUGUGCCUUCCAUCAUUUCUAAUAAUCAUAAUUUCGCUUUUUGACUUGUUGUCUUACACUGUGUUUAAUAUCUCGUGCAAAUGCAUGUGGAAGACAGAAAUGACUGCACACUAUUUUGUAUGCAACUUGUACAUUAUUAUUUUCAUCAGUUAAACUGAUUUGGCUCCUGACGUUUACUCAUAAUAACUGUGAGUUGCAUGCAACUUUCCAACUUUCCCAACUGAGACACUCAGAGGAAGUCAAGGUCACAGCAGUAUAAACUUGCCAAGGUUGGAAAAAUUAUAUAAGUUGUGAAAUGUUACAUUUACAGCCUUGACAUGAUGCCAAAGAAACUCACCUUUGUGCUUUGAUUGGAGAGUUUUUAAGGCACAAAUGUGCACCUUGUGUUUUUUUCAGUUGACCUUCUCUGUGUGUUUCCUUUCUGUGAUUUCCGUUAUAGCUUUAUGGAGGAAGAGCUGACAUGCUCAAAUGUUUUUGUGAAAUGCAUUCUUUUAUUAUGUUUUGACUGGAGUGCAUGCUGUAUGUGUAAGUGCAUAUGAAAGCGAGAUUGCAUCCGAGAGUGAAACAUAUGUCUGUUUUACAAAAUUAAAUCAUAAUGCUAUCUCUAAAAGCCAUAUUCAUAUGUUCUUUAAGCUUUGACCCAAAGAUGCAUUGAUUAUGUCAGCAUGCUCUGGAGUGUAUAUACUGAAUCACAUCUGUGUAAUUCUGUUGCUCUAUUUACUUGAUUUUAAUGAAUUUAUGAAUAAGGGGUACUGCUUUUAAUGAUUUUUUAUUGUUUUCGAGUGUUUGGCAUUUUAAAAACAUAUCAUAUUCUGUAUUUGUGUCUCUUGAAUGAAGUAUAGACAUCUUCAGUUGUGUCUGAUUUCUGUUAAGACACUGGCAGAGCAGGAAAAUAAUUCAUAUCAGUUGCAUCAGUAUUUUCAAAUGAUGAUGUAUUGAGAAAGGAAUUUGUAAAUAUAGCUUAUAAUCGCCUGGCGUCUUUCUAUUCUUUACAUUGAAUUAUAUCCAUAACCAUGACAUGAUUCUUUUACACUUAGAUGGCACCAGUGUUACUUUAGUAUUGUUUAUUUACUAUUAAAAUAUUUAUUGAUAUUUUGAAUGA